ACGAUGGAAACUGACCUUUCCUGUGCUGUUUGCCAUGAUCUGUAUAAAGAUCCUGUCUUACUUGACUGUGAUCACAGCUUCUGUCAAUCCUGUGUGACCCAGUACUGGGAGAGAGCUGACACUGCCUGCUGUCCUGUCUGUAGAAAGGAGACUUCCUCCAGGACCCUGAGACCCAACCGCACUCUCUCCAAUAUCGUGGAAUCAUUUGUAAAAAGUGGUGGAGGUGGUGAAAUGCAGCAGGAAUGCAGCCGACACAAGGAGAAACUGAAAUUAUUCUGUAAAACUGAUAAUCAGCUCAUCUGUCUUGUUUGUCAGAUUUCAAAAAGUCAUCAAAACCACGAGGUGCUGCCAGUGGGAGAAGCUGCUGAAGAGUUUAAGGAGGAACUGGAAACCUCCCUGAAGCCAAUUCAGGAGAAGAAGAAGGAAUGUGAAACUGUCAAAAGUGAUUAUGAGAAAACACUGUCCCACAUUCAGGACCAAGGCGUAAAAACAGAGAAACAAAUUAAAAUUAAAUUUGAAAAACUUCAUCAGUUUCUCCGUGAGGAAGAGAGGAUUGUGUUGGAAGAUCUGAAACUGGAAAAAGAGAAACACAGUCAGGAGAUGAAGGAGAGGAUUGCAAAGAUAACAGAGGAAAUCUCAUCCCUUUCAGUCACUGUUCAGGAUAUUGAACAAGAGCUGAGGGAACAGGACAGCAUCACAUUUUUAACAAAAUUUCCGGAUACAAAGAAAAGAGUGAAGCAAACUCUCCCAGAGCCACAGAAGGUUUACCCUUUAAUAAAUGUGGGCAAGUACAUCGGCUCCCUGCAGUACAGAGUGUGGAAAAAGAUGCUGACAGUGAUUAAUACAGCUCCAGUCACCUUGGACCCUAAUACAGCCAAUCCUUACCUUCUCCUGUCUGAGGACCUGAGCACCGUGAGAAACACUGGGAAUCGGCAGCAGCUUCCCGACAAUCCGGAGAGAUUUGGUUACUGUGUCAGUGUCCUGGGAUCAGAGGGAUUCACAUCAGGGAAACAUUCCUGGGAGGUGGAGGUAGGGAAUAAGACUAAGUGGGAUGUGGGUGUGGCCAAGGAGGCCAUCAACAGGAAGAGGGGAACCAAACUGAAUCCAGGUAAUGGAUACUGGACACUGGUGCUGAGAGAGGGGAAUGAAUACUGGGCUAACGGUUGGUUAAAUCUCAGUGUGAGUCCGAGGAAGGUCCGAGUCUGUCUGGAUUAUGAGGGAGGGAAGGUGUCCUUUUAUAACUCAGAGAACAAGAGCCAUAUCUACACUUUCACUGGGACAUUCACUGAGAAACUCUAUCCUUACUUCUGUCCGUGUCUCAUUGAUGGGGGUAAAAACACAGAGCCUCUGAAAAUCUGUCCCCGGAGAGUAACAAUCCAGGAGGAUGAGGGAUUCAUUGCUUCAUCCAAAUAAAGACCCUCUCUGUGGGGGGAGGGGGGAAGAUCCCACACACUGGGUCACUGGGUGGGGGAGGCCCACAUUCUUGGUGCAGAGGGACUUUCCUGAGUUUGCUCCUCCUCUUCCAUGAUGUGAAGGGGCUGCUGCUCCAUUUCUGGAUCCACUUUAGCCCCAUGUUCCUGACCUUUGACCACUGGGUGCAGAGGGGACCAGGCAGAUCGGGAGACCUCCUCAUUGGCCUGGUCCUGGGCCUGGCCAAAGUGACCCUCAACAGGGUGCAGGCAGUGGACAGUCAAGGGAGGUGUUUGUCCUGACUGUCUGAACCUGGGUCAGUGCCCGGGUGUCCCUGGAGAUCAGGCACAUGGUGUCCACGGGUACACUUCAGGCCUUCAGUGGCUGGUGGGCACAGGGGGCACUGGACUGUCAUUAAUCCUGGAAACGCCUUUUUACUGAGAUUUAAAUUUCCUUUAAAGUCCUCUUUCUUUUGGUCACAGUGGGUCAGUACUGUUCCUUUUAAAUCAAGGAUUCAUUGUUUUUGGGUUCUUCACAAAGGGUUUAAAUAGACCCAAACUGAAACUGGAACGUUUGGGUCAGGAAGAGAGUGUGUGUGUGUGUGUGUGUGUGUGUGUGU